AUGCAAUUUAUUUUAAUUUUAUUCUUAGCUCUUCCCAUAAUCCUCAUCCUCUACUCCAAAACACAAAACCCUAAGCAUGCCCAAAAAGAACUCCCUCCACCGGGCCCACCGCGGCUGCCGUUCAUCGGCAAUCUGCACCAAUUCGACGGCCGAUCCCCGCACACGUACCUCCGCCGCCUCUCGAAGCAGUACGGCGCCGUCAUGUCCCUCCAGCUCGGAUUCCGGCAGCUCGUCGUGAUCUCCUCCGCAGAGGCAGUGAAAGAGAUCAUGAAAUCGCACGACACCGUUUUCUCGAGCCGGCCGGCUCUCGCCGCCCUCAGGAGGCUGUCAUAUGACGGCCUCGACUUUGCGUUCUCGCCCUACACGGAGACGUCGAGGGAGAUGAAGAAGAUCUCCACCGUGCAUCUCUUUAACACGAAGCAAGUUCAAACUUUUCUUCCAAUUAUCAGAGAUGAAGCAUCGAAGAUGAUGGAGAAGAUAGCUACAGAUGCCUCUUCUUCGGCCGCCACUGAUUUGAGUGAGACGAUAAUGUCAUUUGCUGCUAACACCGUCGCUAGAGUUGUAUUAGGGAAGAGCUAUGGAAAUUUCUUCCACCUUCUUCACGAUGCAGAGGCUGUUCUUGGGGAUUUAUUCAUGGAGGAUUUCUUGCCUUGGCUUCGAUGGAUUGAUAAUCUCUCUGGAAUGGCGGCGAAGCUGGACAAGAUUUUUCAAGACAUGGAUGCUUUCUGUGAAGAAGUGAUUGAAGAGCACAUGAAUCCGAAUAGGCCGAAAUCUAUGGAAGGAGACAUUAUCGAUGUUAUGCUAAGGAUGAAAAGAGAUGGAUCGGCUUCGUUUGAUAUCACACUUGAUCACAUCAAAGCACUACUUGUGGUAACGUUUCCAUUAAUAUUUAAGUAUGGGAGAAAGGAAAAUACCUAG